GAGAGAGGGGGGGAUAGUGUGAAAGCGGACUUUACGUCCAACCAACCUCACCUCCUCCUCCCAACUGUUUUAACUCCUCCCCUCCCCUUAUUUAGCACAUCCUCUGUUUUUACAAUGUUCUGUUUUUGUAUCUCUCUCUCUCUAAACACCUUUCACUUUUCUCUCUAAAUUUACACCCAUUCAUUGUUCAUAUAUAGCUAUAUCCAACCAUAGCUUCGAAGAAUGGCUACGCAUACUAAUUCCCAGUUUACUCUGUUCCAAGGUAUCAUCUUUUGACUCCUUGGAACAGAGUAAACCUCUCUCCUCCUUGGCCCCCUCUCUCUCUCCAUAUAUAUAUACACACACAUAAAUAUAUACGUAAAUACAUAAGGUCAUCCCCCCAAACAUAUACGCUUCCACUCACCACCUCUCUCCUCCCUCCUCUCUUCUCUCUCCUGCCCUCCUCUCUCUCUCUCUCUCUACUCUGCAUUUGGUGGGGGUGGUGUGGUACUACAAGCUCUUAAGAUGGAAGUUUCAGAGGAAUUGAAUGGUGGUCCUAAAGACCCCACAACCCAUAUCGUGAAAGGCAAGCGAACAAAACGACAGAGGCCUCAGUCUCCGAUUCCAUUCUCAAUCGCCACUCAUUCUUCCAGCGGAGACGGCGGAGGAGACAAUACUAAUUAUGUUGCCACCGCCACUGCCACCGCCACUUCAGUUGAAUUCAUCGAAAGCGCUACCGAGGAAGAGGAGGACAUGGCGAAUUGCCUGAUUCUUCUAGCUCAGGGCCGUUCUAGAGACCCAUCAUCAAAACCAAUCGAUCAGGAUCACGACCACGACCACGAACACGAUCAAGAAAACAUGGGAUUCAAAUUCACGAGUAAGAGAUUUAUCGAAGCACCAUCGACAGGUAAUGGCAAGGUUGGAAUGUAUGUGUACCAAUGCAAGACAUGUAAUCGAACAUUUCCUUCGUUCCAAGCUUUGGGAGGGCAUAGAGCAAGUCACAAAAAGCCCAAACCACCGUCCACGGCGGAGGAGAAGAAGCCGAUCACCGCCACCGCCACCAUGGCAGCAUUGUAUUCCGAUGAAGAAGAAGAACAAUUCAAGUCCUCUUCCCUUUCUCUUCAAUUGAGCAAUAACAGGUCUUUCUAUGGCAAUCCAAAGCCUUUACCAAAAGUCCACGAGUGCUCCGUCUGUGGGGCCGAGUUCACCUCCGGACAGGCCUUGGGAGGCCACAUGAGGCGCCACCGCGCUCCGGUUGGUGCCAACACAAUCUUGUCACUGAGUCCCUUGAGAUGCGAGCCAGACGAUCACGAAAUGAAAAAACCCAAAAUUAUGUUGUCAUUGGAUCUCGAUCUCAAUCUUCCGGCCCCAGAUGAUGAAUCAAAAUUUGCAUUUGCUUUCACUUCUAAAAAACAACAGCAACAACAGCAGCAGCAGCAACAACAACAACCACAGAAGCAGCAGCAGCAGCAGCAACAACAGCCUCUUGUGUUGUCCGCCACGCCGGCUUUGGUGGAUUGUCACUACUAAGGGAGGUCCAAUUUUUUUUAUUUUCCAUUUUUUUUAGCUUCUUAUACCAUGAAAUUUACAUCAAUGUGAAAUACUCGUCAUUCUUUUUUCUUUUAUUGUUAUCAUUAUUCAAAAUUGUGGAUUCUUUGGAUUCUUUUUGAUGAAUAUGAGAAUUGGACAUUAAAAAUUCUUUGAAA